CGGCGCGGGGCGCCAGUCAGUGCUGGUCCUCCGUACCGCGCGCCAGUGUCCGCUCAGUGUCAGUGUGUGUGCCCGACCGCUUCUUGUACAGUUAGCCACCGCGAGGUCGUCGACCGCGCGAGCAUGAGCGCGCGCCCGUCGAGAGUCGCCCGCGUCCAGCUCUGACCGACAAACUUCAGGCGAUGCGGGGUUGGUGCGGGCGGGUGGGGCGCGCGCGGCUGCGCUGGCUGGCGGCGCUGCUGUGCUGGGGCGCGUUGGCGGCGCUGGCGCUGACCCGCGUGCAGCUGGCGCCGGCCCCGCGCGCGCGCCCCGCGCCGCCGGCCCGCCUGCUGCUGCUGGCCGAGCCCGCCAGCACGCCGGCGCCCGCGCCGCGCCUCGCCACCGACGCCCGCGUGCUCAGCGAGGACGAGCUGCGCGCCGACGCCGAGCGCCGCCUGCCCUCGCUGCCGCUCGCCUACUGGCACCGCCACAAGGACGACAAGAACAAGUUCUACAAGAAGAAGGACUGCGCGCCCUUCCCCUCGAUAUACGACCUCGAGUUCCACAACACGUACUGGCAGACGAUGCGCGCCAAGGGCGACGUGUUCCACUUCUAUGGCGCGUACAUGGACGCUCGCAACACCUCGCGCAUCGGGCCCGCCGUGCGCGUGCUCGCCGUGCACGACCGCAUCAAGCCCACGCUGGCCACGCACUGCCAGCUGUGGUUCGAGGAGCGCGAGGCGCCCGUGGUGGUGCGCAACCUCGAGUACAAGUACGUGUGGAACAGCAAGUGGGGCAACUACCGGGACGGCGUGCUGCAGCCCUACCUGCUGGCGUGCGUGCUGCCCGCCGACGUGCGCCACCUGGUGCCCGCCUCCGUCUCUAUCGUCGUGGACCCCUGCGACCGCGCCACCAACAACCUGCGCGUGCACUACGACCGCCCGCCGCCGCCGGCCGCGCAGAGGGAGUUCGCCGUCUGCGUCAAGGGGCUUGACUUCCUGCACGAAGACCUCUCGGUGCGCCUCGUCGAGUGGAUCGAGCUGAUACGGCUGCUCGGCGCCGACAAGAUCUUCUUCUACGAGCUCCAGGUGCACCCAAACAUCACCAAGGUCCUCGACUACUACGCGGAGUUGGGCGUCGUCGAGGUGACGCCCAUCACGCUGCCCGGCGGUCAGCCCAACCUGCCCGGCCUGCAGCACAUGUACCUCAAGAAGAAGACGACGCACAAGCGGCAGAUGGAGCUCAUCCCGUACAACGACUGCCUGUACCGGCACAUGUACCGGUACCGCUGGCUCGCGCUGCUGGACAUCGACGAGGUGAUCGUGCCGCUCGAGGACGCCGACUGGAGCUCGCUGAUGCGGCGCGUGCUGCCGCUGGCGAAGCCGGCCGAGGGCAAGCCGCCGCGCUCCAGCUACCACGCCUCCAACCUGUACUUCCUGGACUCGCUGCGGCACGAACACGGCUGGGAGGAGGGCGCGCCGCAGUACAUGCACAUGCUGCAGCACGUGUACCGCACGCGCAACUUCACCAAGCCCGGGCAGUACGUGAAGGCGUUCCACGAGACGGAGCGCGUGCUGGCGCUGCACAACCACUUCCCGCUGGCGUGCCUGGGCGGGCCGUGCUCGUCGUACGCGCUGGAGACGCGGCACGCGCGCCUGCAGCACUACCGCGCCGACUGCGUCACGGCGCUCAGCAAGACGUGCGCGGAGCUGCGCGCGCAGCCCGAGCGCGACACGGCCGUGUGGCGCUGGCGCGGCCCCCUGGUGGAGCGCGCCGAGCGGGCGCUCGCGGCGCUCGGCUUCCUCCCGCCGCAGAGGUGACCUCCGCCUCCCCGCGCCCCUCCCGCUUAGUUUUACUCGCUCCUCUUAGUAUUAAACUAUUUUAAGUAUAAGA